UAGUACCAAAAACGUUCUUUGUUUACCCAAAUCCUUAAAAUUCCUCUACUGUGUAUACCCUUCACUCCAACCCAGCAAGAGAAGGAGAGAGAAAGAUGGAACUGAGCAGUUUAACAUUCACAACACCAUCUUCUUCAACAAGACCACUCACUUUCUUCAACCAUGGUUUCAAACAAUUCAAGCCUUCAACUUUUUCUGGAAUUAAAUCAUUCAAUCAAACCAGAAACAGAUUAAUUCAAGCUAAUUCCUUAAAAGGGUCAAUUGAACGCAAUACUUUGUCUUCUAAUUGGGAUGUUUCAGCCGCUCUUGCCCCCAGGUUGCCCAGAUUUGAACAACUUGAUAUUACAAAUAUGCUUCUUCGUCAAAGAAUCAUCUUUUUGGGUUCUCAAAUUGAUGACACUACAGCAGAUUUCCUCAUAAGCCAGCUCUUACUAUUGGAUGCAGAAGACCCCAAGAAAGAUAUUAGAUUGUUUAUUAACUCUCCUGGUGGAUCGGUGACUGCAGGGAUGGGAAUUUAUGAUGCUAUGAAACAGUGCAAGGCAGAUGUAUCUACUAUUUGCAUGGGAUUAGCUGCAUCCAUGGGAGCAUUUCUUCUUGCUUCUGGCAGUAAAGGGAAGCGCUUCUGCAUGCCAAACUCAAAAGUGAUGAUCCAUCAACCUCUUGGAACAGCUGGUGGCAAGGCAACAGACAUGAGCAUACGUAUAAGAGAAAUGGCGUAUCAUAAAGUCAAGCUAAACAAAAUCUUGUCCAGAAUCACGGGAAAGUCUGAGGAGCAGAUCGAAAAAGACACUGAUCGUGAUAAUUUUUUGAACCCAUGGGAGGCAAAAGAAUAUGGACUAGUAGACGAUGUUAUCGAUGAUGGUAAGCCAGGGUUGGUUGCACCCAUUGGAGAUACUUCCCCACCACCAAAAACAAAGGUGUGGGAUCAAUGGAAGAUCGAGGGUAGCCGCAAAGCCAGGAAGAAUCUUCCAUCUGAGCUCAAGUUGAUAAGGAAUGGUUAUGCGGGAAGCCAAAGCGACGAGGACAAGGGUAUUCAGCAAGAUAAGGACACUCCAACUUCAGUUUAGGGGCUACAACCCAGAAUUGCCCGGUGUACACUAUUUUAUCCAAAUUGUGCUACUGAAGUAGUACAUUUGAGAUAUAUGAUAAAAACUUUGCAAUUUUUUGGGAGGAAUUUGAUCUUAUUUUGUUGUAUUGUAGUUGUUCCAUUGCUAUUAAGUCCACUACUGUUAGCAAUAAUAUAUUCAUGUAGGGUCUUUUAGAUUCGUCUCAAUGUGUACAUUCAAAAUAUUAAUUUUUAUAAUUUUAUAUUUAAAGUUUUUUAUGGUUAGAAA